UUAGUUUUAAUCUGAAAAUCUAUCAUCCAAAGUUGAAGCUAAAGAUAAUUACGUAAAAGAGAGGAGAGAGAACACGAAACUUUUUUUUUCUUAUGUUAGCACGAAAUCGAUCUACUCAAAUUUGAACUUCCAUUCUUCGUCUCCGUUAAUUCGCACUCUCGUUCUCGUCUUCGUCACCGGAGGUCUUAUCUCCGUCGUAUCUAGUCAGCCUGAACGAACCGAUUGGUUUUAUCAGAUCCGCGAGGGGAAAGUGCGUUAGACGCCUUGAGUCGAUUGCAUGAUUGGGUCUCGAAUUUCUAUUAACUUUGUGGAUUUGUUCAGCAUGGAGACUUCACUUAUCGGAAUCGUACGAAGGUAGAUUCUCUGGAUUUAGUUUCCUUCUAUGAGACAGACAUGUUGCAUUUGGUGCUUCGUGUCUAGUUUCAGAUUCAGCAUCUAGGGAUAACGAGUCAAAGUUGACGUUAUGCUCGAAUGUUUUUGGGCCUUCGUCCUCAGUUUCUCAACCGUAUAGGGAGGCUUCAACUUCCGAGCAUAAGCCAGUUCGCACCACACAUAAUGGCUGGACAGUAAUUCUAAAAACAGCUUCUAUGGCUAGUGGGGCAAUUAGGAGAUUUCAAGAUCGUGUUUUAGGGCCAAGUAGGAUUGGUAUUCCCAGCAGUACAAGUGAGAUAUGGCUACUUGGUGUCUGUUAUAAAAUCUCCGAAAGUGAAUCCUCAGAAGAAGCAGAUUCUGGUCUUGUAUUGGCUGCAUUCAGACAAGACUUUUCGUCCUUAAUACUGAUGACAUAUCGUAGAGGUUUUGAGCCUAUUGGCGACACAACUUAUACUAGUGAUGUCAACUGGGGUUGCAUGCUUCGAAGCAGCCAGAUGCUCUUUGCACAGGCAUUCCUAUUUCAAAGGCUGGGAAGGUCUUGGAGGAAAAAGGAGUCCGAGCCGCCUGAAGAGGAAUACUUAGAGAUCUUAGAGCUUUUUUGUGAUUCUGAGUCUUCAGCAUUCUCCAUUCACAAUCUUAUACUAGCUGGAGAAUCUUAUGGCCUGGCUGCUGGGUCAUGGGUAGGACCAUAUGCUGUUUGUCGAUCAUGGGAAUCAUUAGCUCGGCAGAAAAGAGAAGAAACUGAUGUUAAACACCAUUCUUGUUCCAUGGCUGUUCAUAUCGUUUCUGGCAGUGAAGAUGGAGAGAGAGGUGGAGCUCCAAUUCUUUGUAUAGAAGAUGUUUCCAAAUCUUGUUUGGAAUAUUCAGAAGGAAAAAGUGAGUGGACGCCAAUUCUUCUCUUGGUCCCACUGGUUCUUGGACUUGAAAAAGUGAACCCGAGGUAUAUUCCAUCUCUGAUAGCUACUUUCACAUUCCCUCAAAGCCUCGGCAUUUUGGGCGGCAAACCAGGUGCAUCAACUUACAUAGUUGGAGUUCAAGAAGACAAAGGUUUCUACCUUGAUCCGCACGAUGUUCAACAGGUAGUGACAGUCAACAAAGAAACACAAGAUGUUGACACAUCGUCUUACCAUUGCAAUACUCUUCGUUAUGUUCCAUUGGAGUCACUCGACCCGUCGCUAGCUCUCGGAUUCUAUUGCCGGGACAAAGAUGAUUUUGAUGAUUUCUGUAUCCGAGCAACGAAGCUAGCCGGAGACUCGAAAGGCGCUCCUCUGUUUACUGUAACCCAAUCUCACAGAACCAGUGACUGUGGAAUUGCAGAAACCAGCACAAUGACAUCAACAGAGUUCUCCGGCGAGGAACAUGAAGAUGAGUGGCAAUUACUUUGACCACUUUUACUAGCAAUUCUUCUUCAUUUGUGUGACUGUGUCCCAACUCUCACAUUUUACAUCUCAAAAUACCAUUCUUUUUACACCGAUACUGAGAUUUGAUGCUGUACUAUAUUCAAAAAGAAAAGAAAAACAGUAUUAUAUUCA